AUUGAUGCAAGAGAAAGAGGCCCAUGAUUUCUCAACACUGUAUAACUGUCUUGUCCCCUCAUUUUACACACACUGCUCAUCUUAAUUUGUCUUCAAACCCCUUUUCCCUACCACAAAAAUCACCACCAUGCCUCUAUCAAGAAACCCCCUCUUCCUCACUUUUGCCCUCACCACAAUCUUCCUCAUUUCCUCCAUCUCAGGUGGGAUUAAGGCAUCAUCAUCAUCAUUUAAAGAUGAGGAGGAGUUGAGGAAGAUGGUGUUGGGUUCAAGGCCACCUGCUUGUGUCAACAAGUGCAUGAGUUGCAGGCCAUGCCAGGCUACUUUGGUAAUUCCACCUCACCAAACCAAGAAAUGGGGAGUAUCUAUAUCAUCUCAUAGAGAAGAUGACACCUACUAUCUUCUAUCUUGGAAAUGCAUGUGUGGGAAUAAGCUUUAUCAACCUUAAUUAUCUCCUAUUUCUACUAUCUUGUAUCAGACUCCACUUUGUGUUUAUUCAAUUAUUUAAUUAUGAAAAUUAACUUAUGUUUGUUGUA